CUGUGCCAUGAAGUCCUCCUCCCUCCUCCUCCUCUCCUUCCUCCUGGGUGUUUGUGGUGUUCAGGGGGCUUCAAGUUUUAAAAUCUGUGCCUUUAACCUCCAUCACUUUGGGGAAUCCAAGGUCAAGAAGAGCAAUGUUGUGCAUACUCUGGCCAGGAUCAUCACCCGCUGCGACGUGUGUUUGCUGCAGGAAGUGAGAGACAUGAAAGGGAAAGCGGUACCACAGCUGCUCGACCGCCUCAACAGGUACGACCCUGACCAUGAGUAUGCCUCUGUGGCCAGCGAGCGGCUGGGCAGGUCCUCCUCGUACCAGGAGCAGUACGUGUUCGUCUACAGGUGAGCGGACAUG